AUGCGCGAUCCUUUGUCUUACGCUAGGCCAUCCUGUGUUUGGCCAUUAUACGUAGCCAAGAAAAUCCCAGUAUCACGGCCUGCAGCGCACGUGUCCAUCGAUAACGGCGACAACAACAUGGAUGCGGCGACGGCAGAGGCGGUAGUGCUUAGCCAACGGGCGGCCGAAAUCAAAGAGUCGGAGAGUUAUAUUAACGCACAUUUCAAACACUGUCCUAAAUGUGAUAUACCCUGUGAGAAAAUUGAUGGUUGCAAUCAUAUGCAAUGUAAACUGUGCAUGGUACAUUUUUGUUGGCUAUGUUUGAUGGAUAUUACCGAUAAGGAUAAUAAUAAUAAUAAUAAUCGAAAACAAUGGCCACAAAAAAGAUCGGGUGAUAAUCGAAGGCCAGGGCCGACGGGAACAGUGGUCACCACUACUACUACUUAUAGCAAUGACCGCAAAUCAAUCAUCAGAGGACUGGACACUAGCGCAGUAUCGACUGCGGCUGAACUGUUGGCCACUGUUAGACAACUGGUCAAGUCGUGGUCAGACCCGACACUGACCGCCGACGAUACGGUCGUAUGGGUUGAUCGAAGUACACGAUUCGGGCGGACAGCUCAAGGCAAGUCAAAUGUUUUGGUAACGGCCCGUACGGUUGAGGCCAAUCGCCAGUUGCUUGCGGCCGCCGAUAAGUAUGUCAACAACAGUGGCUACGGCGGCGGUGAUGACAGCACUGGUAGUAUGAAAUGGGAGUCAUACAGGAGCUAUCAUCGGCCACCACUGCUAGCGGGUGAUACUGUAGACAAGCGGACAUCACUACCGACGAGCAACAAACAAGCUUCGGGUGAUAGCAAUAGGGUUGGCCACAAACAGUCGACACAACAACAACAUCAUAACCGUCAGCAACAACAACACCAACAACAGAGAUGGACACCUAAUCAUCAGCAGUCGAGAGACGAUAUUAAAUCGGUUAUCAGGGGUUUCGAUACUACAGGUGUCCAGAAAUUGACUGCAUUUGUACGUCAAUUGGUCGACAACUGGAAAGACCCGACUGUUAACAGUGCAAUGAUUAUGUCGGUUACGUCCAAUGCCGACAAAGUGGCCAAUACUGAACGCGUAACUUUGUUUGUAACGGCUUGCGGUGCGGAAGCCAGCCGUGCGCUUAUUGAAACCGGCCAACUGAAUGGUGUCAAUUGGUCUGAAUUUCGUGACCCGAAAAAAAAGUUGGUUCAACAACAACGACGACCACUACGAGAGGUCCGUGAAGUGGUCAUCAAUAGUAAACGUAUUUCCGUAAUUCGCUGUUUGAACACCAGAUUUGAUUCAGUGGUUACUUUGUCAGUGGUUCGCAAUUUGGUCUCAAAGUUUGAAGACCCGACUGUUACCACCGAAAUGGUUCAAUGGGUUGAACGAAAAACAAUAAGCGGUACCGAAAAUGAUAGUUCGGCGGCCGUUGAUUUCUAUGUGAUGGCCAGCGAUAUCAAUGCCAACAGUUUAUUACUUGCGGCAGCGGCCAAAAACAUUAACUCGAUUACCGACGGUAGUAGUGAUAUUACAUGGUUGCCGCACUCGUAUCGCUAUCAUUACGAUCCGUUUAAUGGCCAGUCGUAUACGUCGUGUAUUACCGAAUUGGACAUUCCGGGUGUAGUCACCGAUUUAACUGGUUAUGUACGAGAAUUGGUAAACAAUUGGAAUGAUAAACAAACUACCGGUUCGCUAAUAGUUUCGGUAGAGCCGUAUGUCAAGCACUUACCGGUCCGACAAUUUAUUGAACUAAUUGUUAGGGCCGUUAGCCCCGAAGCUAAUCGACAACUGGUUAGGUUAGGUCGAAGUAAUCGUCUCAAAUGGUUUAUUGUAAAACACAGGCAACAAAAUACAACAACAACUACUACUACUACUACUACUGAUUUAUCUAUCGGUAACAAUAAUAACAACAACAACAACAACAACAUCAUCGGUAACACCAAUACUACCGAUAAUGUUGGUAAGUUUGAUAUUAAAAUUGACCAAGUUAGUGGACUUAUUGAUAAAUUAAUUGACAAUGAACUGAACAAUUUAAAUUUGAUGGACCAAACCAAACAUCAAUCAACUAAUAAUAAUAAUAAUAAUAAUCUCCAAAAAUUAGCGGUUAAUACCGUUAAAUUGAAAUGCAAGCUAUGUUUGGCUAAUAUUCCUGUUAAUGGUGACCAACAAUUUGACGCCCAGUGUCGGCACCAGUUUUGUCGCGCAUGUUUGGCCCAGUAUUUGGACAGUAAGAUAACUGACGGUGGGUACAUAAUAUCAAGUGUCCGGACAACCAGUGCAAUCAGGAGGCCUCCCAUGAUUUGGUAUGCAAACUGUUGAGCCGUAAAUCACUGGUCAGAUAUUAUAAGCUAUUGUUGAAGAAAACAGAGGAAACUAUGGAUGAUAUGGCUUACUGUCCCAAAUGCAACAAUUCGGUAGAUAUUGAUCGGCCAAAAAAGUUUGGUUAUUGCAAUCAAUGUGAUCACUCGUUUUGCUCGGCCUGUCGACGCCCGUAUCACGGCCUGCAGCGCGCGUGCAUUGAUUCGGUCACCGAUGCGGCGGCGGCAGCGGCUGUACUCAGACAACGGGCGGCCGAAAUCAAAGAGUCGGAAAGUUAUAUUAACGCACAUUUCAAGCACUGUCCUAAAUGUGGUAUACCCUGUGAGAAAAUUGAUGGUUGCAAUCAUAUGCAAUGUAAACUGUGCAUGGUACAUUUUUGUUGGCUAUGUUUGAUGGAUAUUACCGAUAAUGAUGAGAUACAACAACAACACUGGAGGGCUAAAUGUAAACUAUUUGAAUACGA